AUGAAUAUUAAGAAAAGAAAUAAAUAUGAAAAACAUGAAUUAAUGCCAUUACCAUUAGAAAAAUCUGAGUUACUUAUUGAAAAUAUACAUAAUUUAAAAAAUUGUUUAAAUUUAUAUAGAAAAGAAAUUCAAGAAAAAAAUAAGUUUAUUAAUGAUUUAAAAAAUAACUUGAAUUUUUAUGAUUGUAUUUUAAAAAAUAUUAAUAUUGUAUGGAGAAUAUUUAAUAAUGAUUUACUAAAUUUAAUAGAUAAAAAAAAGGAAGGUGAUAAUAACAUUUUGGUUGAGUCUCCUUAUUAUAAUAUUGAAGAAUUUCUCACUAUAUUUUUAAAAUAUGUGAAUAAUAAUGACUUAGAUGAUGAAAAUGAUGAGUUUUUAAAUAAAACAUUAUCUGACUAUGAUGAUGAUAAUAGUGCUAUAUAUAUUAAAACGAAAAAAAUAAAAUUAAAUGAUUUAUCAAAUAACAAUUCUAUUAAAAAUGAAAAAAAUGAAAAUUUAGAAAAUUGUGUAGAUUUCCCAAAAAAUGAAAAUAAUAGUGUUAAGAAAGAUAUACCUGAUGAAAUUGUGAAAGAUAUGGUAGUAAAAGAAGAUAACAGCGAAAAAAAAAAGGAUGAUAUUAUAAAAGUGGUUAAUAAAGAAGAAAACAAGAAAAAUAUUAAUGAUAUAAAUAAUGAAGAAGAAAAUGAAAAAAUAGUGAAAACUACUAAUUAUGACGAAUUAGGUCAUAUAAAAAAGGAAAUUUUGAAUAACGAAGAUUUUAGUAAAACGAAUGAAACAGAGAUAGAUAAAAAUAUAAAUAAUAAUAAUAAAAGGAAUUUAUGCAAUGAUAUAAAUGAAGCAAAAAGGAUCUGUUUAAAUUCUCAAGAGAAUAUAUUCUUGGGAAAUGAGGAUUCUAUAUCGGUAUGUUUAAAUAAUGAUGUAAUAGAAAAAAGGAAAAAAGAAAAAGAUAAAGUUAAUAGUACAAAAAAAAAAAAAGAAAAAAAUGAAAUUAUAGAUGAUAUUCGUAAAGAUAACUUUGAAGAAAAAUUAAAAAAUUUUUUUGUAGAAAACUUAAAAAAUACCCUAAGUUAUAUUAAUAAAAUUAUAAAUUUGAAAAGUACUGACUUAAAUUACAAUUUAGAAUACAUCAGAAAAAUAAAAUAUGAAAAAAGUCUUUACUAUGAAAAAUAUGUUGAUGAAAAAAAAAAAAAUAAUGAAUUGCAAAAUAAUUGUGAAAGUUUAAAAAUUGAAAUUGACAGAUUAGAAAAAAAAAGUUCCUCUUUAUUAUUUAAGUUAAACAAAGAAGAUAUUUGUAAGAAUAUUUUAGAAGAAAAGAUAGACAAAAAUGAAGAUAUGAAUUAUUCAAAAAUAGAAAAUAAUGAAAGUAAUAAGAUGACUUCUAAUAAUCAUUAUGACUUAAAUUGUUAUGAUAAAGAUACGCAUCACUUAAAAAAUAAUAAUUUUGUUAAUAAUAGUAAUAAAAAUGAUAAUAAUAAUGAUAAUAAUAAUAAUGAUGAACAAAAUAAUGUUAAUAAUGAUAAUGUUGCUGAAUCGAAAAUAUUUUUAAAUUUAGAAAAAAUAAUAACAAAAGAAAAAAUUAUACAAAGUGAGCCAUUUAAAAAUUUAAUAAGUGAGUCAACUGAAAUUUAUAAUAAACUAAAAGAGAAAGAAAAUGAAAUAAUUAUAUUAAAAAAAGAAAUUAUAAAAAUGGAGAAUUUUAGAGAUGAAGAAUAUGAAAAUUUAUUAAAUGAAACAAUAAAAGAUAAAAAAAGUUUAACAGAUAAAAUAAAAGAAUUAGAGGUAGAUAUAGCUACAUACAAAUUAGAUAAAGAAAAAAUAGAAAGUAAAGUAAAGGUAAUGGAAUAUGAAGUAGGUGUGCUAAAAAAUAUCGACAAAAAACAAACGAUGCAGUUGCAACAGAAAGAGAGUGAAAUUUUAAAAAUGAAAUUACAGUUGGAUAAAUUUAAAAUAUUAGAGAAUACUUUAAGAGACAAAGUUGCAUUUCUAGAAAAAGAAAAAGAUGAUUUAUUGAAUUCUACAAGAGUUUUAGAGGAAGAAAAUCUUGAAUCAAAAAAAAAACAUAUCCUUAAUAAUAGUGACUAUAGUGUAAUUAUAAAUGAAGAUGAUGAUAAAAACAUAACUAUGAAUGAAAGAAAAGACAUUCUGCAUAAAGAUGAAGAAACACAUGAAAACGAAAAUAUUAAAAAAGAAGAGAAAUCGAAAUCCUUUUUAAGGUGCCAUAUAGGAAGCAAUAAGAAUGAAAACUUUAGUGAAUCACAAGGAAAUAUGGGAAGUGUUGACGACUAUAUGUUGAAGUAUGACGAGUUACUAUUAGAAAAUAAAAAUUUGAGAAGAAAACUAGAAAAAAAAAAAGACGUAGAAGAAGAACUAAUGAACUUAAAGAAAAAUUAUGAUGCAAUAAGCGAAGAGAUAGAAGAAAUUACAAAAGAAUUUGAAAAAAAACAGGAACAAGUAGAUGAAAUGAUUAUGCAAAUAAAAAAUAAAGAGUUAGAAUCUUUAGAAAAAUAUAAUAAUAAAGUGAAUAAGGCAUAUGUAGAAGAAAAAUUAAAGCAAUUAGAAAUUAGUUAUCAGGAUAAAAUGUCCUGUAUAAAUAGUAUUUAUGAAAAAUAUGAAAAAUUCGUAAACUUAUAUUUGACUUUAUUUUUUCAUGCGAGAAAAAAUGCAGUUAUAUCUGAUAGUGCAAGAGAAGAACAAAUGAGUAUAUUUAUAAAACUAAAGCAAAAAUAUGAGCAUAUUUUUCAGAAAAAAAACGAAAUAUCUAAUAUUUUAAAAAAUGUAUACGAUUGCAACAAAAAAUUAAUUGAGCAAUGUAAGGCAUUGUAUAAAGAAAAUGAAAAUCUGCAAAACACGCUUUCUAAUCAAAUAAGUAUUUCAAAAGAUAUUUCGAAAAAAGAUAAUCAUUUAUUGAUAGAAGAAAAUGAUGAAUUACGUAGGAGGUUAAUAUGUAGUGUUUGUAUGGAAAACUUUAGAAAUUAUAUUAUAAUAAAAUGUGGGCAUAUAUAUUGUGAAAAUUGUAUUUUUAAUAAUAUAAAAACAAGAAAUAGAAAAUGCCCUCAAUGUAAAAUUCCUUUUGACAAAAAAGAUUUACAAAAAAUAUUUCUAGAUUAA